UAGACACAACAAAUGCUUGAGCUUGGUCUUGGUCUGAGAGGGGCUCGUGAUUACCAAGUAUUUAUCAUCUGUUUUGUGCGGCUUCAGGUGGUGGAAAUAAGAGUUCCCCGCUAUCGACCAUGAAUUUCCUAGGUAUUUAUGAUGCUUGUUGCUGGAAAAGUCAGCUAGGGGAAAUUUGCAGAAUGUAUGUCCAGGGAAGAAGCAGUGCAAGGCAAGCUACUGCUUUUGCGGUUCUGAUGAUUCUGCUUUCUCUGUUUUCCCGCCUCCGGGCCACUCAAGCAACCACCUACGCCGUUGGGGAUUCUUCAGGCUGGAAUUUCAACAUGGGGAAUUGGACAGAAGGGAAGAGAUUCAAUGCCGGCGACAUACUAACUUUCAACUAUGAUUCUUCUCUACACAAUGUUGUGAUGGUUGAUGCGAAGGGAUACGAAAAUUGCACUGCUUCAUCCAAAGCCAAAAUUUACAACAGUGGAAAUGAUAAGAUAAAGCUAUCAAGGGGAAGGUACUAUUUCAUUUGUACCUUUCCAGGCCACUGUGAUGGAGGCUUGAAGAUUCAACUUUCUGCUUACUAGAAACCAAUGUAUAUAAUAUAUGUCUCGUGUCUAAAUAAAGGGUGAUAUACCAUUACCAUCCCAUUAGUCAUCGUAGUUUGCAGGUUAUGAAGGGUGCUUUGUAUGUGGGUUGUUCCAUCAUCCUCGGUGGGGAUCUGGACCUGGAAUUUUUAAGUUUGCAUGUGUGUUUGUUGUAUAUGAUUCUGAGAACGAGUUAUUAGAGUGGGCAUCACCAUUCGCC